UCCGCCAGGCCAAAUCGCCAUGCUUGCAUUUAACCUGACUUUGGAAUGGGCGUGUGCAGCGUUGUCCAUCAUAAUGUCAGCACUGAGGCUGAUUGUGGUGAAGGGAAGUUGAAGUGAAGUGACGGGGACUGGAGUUCAAUCAUCACCAAGUACCAAGGUAGCUGACUACCCUGUACAGUAACACGAAACUUGAGCCACACACGCACAGCGGCUCCCCCGUCUGCCACGGUGCCACCGAGGGGAUUUCCGAGAGUUAUUAAGGUAGGUAGUCUAUAGAUGAUCUUCGCUCUUACGUAUCAUAGCCCCAGGGCCCGGUUCCGCGUCUGGCUGGAGUCUGGAGUCGCCGGACACGGGUGAUGGGGUAGGUCUGUCUCACGUCAAUGGACCCGAAAGUCGUGCCUCGCAUCGCUCCACAGCGUCCCGUGACCCUCGUCCGUCUCUGCGGCAGGCGGGCUUCGUGGCGUCUGGCUGAGGCUGAACCUGAAGUCACCAGGCACCGUCGUUCACAUUGCUUUGUCCGCAUGCAAAACGUGCAACCCGCGCAACCUCAACUCAAUCUCGAUUAUGCGCAACGCCCCUGCAUCACCAAUUGCUGCCAUGGGGCAUGCAACAACCAGCAGGGUAUCGCGAAAACCGGAAUCCCAUCACACUUGCUGGGCCUUGGCAGAUGGAAAAGCAGGCCUGCCUGGUUCUCUGCCCCUGUGUGCGAUGGGUGCAACUACGCACUGCAAGGGCCGACGCCAUCACCCCAACGAGUCCGUCUGCCUGGGACUGGACUGUAUCGAGGCACCAAAAGCUUGGAUGCUACCUAUAUUGACGCACAAUGGACAUAUUAUUGCCGAGUCGAUGUCCACUCCUGGCCAGGACCUGGCCUGGCCUGUCCAGCGCCCACACCUUGUGCUUCCCAGACUGCAUUUGCCACGGAGACUGCCGCACAGGCUGUGUGCCUCGCUAAUAACGACUAUAACUUUAGUUCGGCCGGUCGCUGGAUGGAGACGCGGGUCCUCGACUACUCGCACUCGUUGCAGCAUUAGGUCAAGGGACCGAAUGGGGCAUCGGAGAUCUAAUCAAGUUUUUAUCAUAGUUGAGGGCCAAGUACGUGUGUA